UCCCUGCGCCACAGCUUCCGCUCAAUCUUCUGCGACUCGCGGGAGGACGCAAGUGGGACACGCCGUGAGGACACGCUGUGGGGACACGCCGUGAGGACAAGGCGUGGGACACGCCGUGAGACACACCGUGAGGACAAGACGUGAGACACACCGUGAGGACACGCUGUGGGGACACGCCGUGGGGACAAGACGUGGGGACAAGGCGUGGGGACAAGGCGUGGGGACAGGCCGUGAGACACGCCGUGGGACACGCCGUGGGACACACCGUGAGGACACACCGUGAGGACACACCGUGAGGACACGCCGUGAGGACACGCCGUGGGGACACGCCGUGAGACACGCCGUGGGGACAAGGCGUGGGGACACGCCGUGAGGACACGCCGUGAGACACGCCGUGGGGACACGCCGUGGGGACACGCCGUGGGGACACGCCGUGGGACACGCCGUGAGACACACCGUGGGACACGCCGUGAGGACACGCCGUGAGACACGCCGUGGGGACACGCCGUGGGACACGCCGUGAGACACACGUGGGACACGCCGUGGGGACAGGCCGUGAGACACACCGUGGGGACAAGGCGUGGGGACACGCCGUGGGGACACGCCGUGAGGACACGCCGUGAGACACGCCUUGAGGACACGCCGUGGGACACGCCAGCAGCAGCUGGAAGAGGAGACGCGAGGAGGAGGAGGAGGUUUGGAGAGAGAGCUGGGAGGAAGAGGUGGCCCUGGUGAGCUGAAACCACCGGCCCCCGCGAUGGGCCGCUGCGGCCGCCGCUCUCUGACGCUGCUGAGCAGCGGCCUGUCCGUGCUGGGGCUGUGCGCGCUCUGCGUGGCCGUGAGCACCGACUUCUGGCUCUACUCGCACGAGACGCUCUUCUCGCACGGGAACCGCACGCGCUGGCUGCACGUGGCCGUGCACUCGGGCCUCUGGCGGGUCUGCUCGCUCGCCGAAGAGGACCUGGGCUCGUGCAGCAACGUGCAGUACUUCACGGCGAGCGGCUCGCACAUCACGUCCGACUCCACAGCCAACGUGCUACGCUUGAUGCGCUCCGCCACGCCGUUCCCCCUCGCGGCGCUGCUCCUCAUGCUGCUGGGCUUCGUCAUCAACAACCUGGGCCACGUGCGGCCACAGCGCACGGCACUCGCCUUCGUCUCGGGCAUCUUCUUCAUCCUCGCCGGCCUCGCGCUCGUCGUGGGCCUCGUCCUCUACAUCUCGAGCGUCAACGACGAGGUGACCAACCGCUCGAGCGAGAACUCCACCUCGUUCACCUACUCGUACGGCUGGUCCUUCCACUUCGCCGUGCUCUCGUUCUUCCUCACCGAGGGCGCGGGCGUGGUCUCGGUGUACCUCUUCAUGAAGAGGUACCGCACCGAGGAGGAGUUCCGCCCGCACGCGUCUCUCUACCGCACGCGACUCAGCAACUGCUCCGACUACUCGGCGCAGUUCCUGCAGACGCCGCUCGACGCAGCGCGACCCUCGUCCCCGGCAUCCCCCCAGGGGCUCGCCGCCACCGCAGCCGGCGGCGGCGGCGUCGUCGUCCCGGGCACCAUCGCGACCGCGGGGUCAGCCUCGCCCUGGGGUCGCUCCCACAGCUCCCCGCCGAGCUGGGGACCUCCCGAGCCGGACUCGCCCGCCGGGGAACCUCCCGGCCGCGUGGGGAGCGCCCUGCCCGUCCAGGGCUUGUUCCGGGGCUCCAGUCGCCGCUUGUCUGACCCCGCGGCCGGGCGCCUCGGGGUCAACUACCUGGCCAUGAUGGCACGGGGCGGCGCGGGAGAAGUCACCUCGUCGCCCUGCUAGAGGAGGACGCGUGGCGUGCGUACACGGGGCAGGCAGAUACAGCCGUGCACGCAGAGCUGCAUGCACGUGUGUGUGUGUGUACGGGCGCGUGCACACACGUGCAUGGCAUGCACGUGUGUAGAGAUAUAAACCGUCUCAUGGUCACUGCUUAGCUGAUUCCCCUGCUCCAAACCACACCCCAGACUACACCCACCACUCCCCACACCCACCACACCCCACACACUCCACUGUUCACCCACCACAUUACACCCCACCCCAAACUACACCCCACCACACCCCACACACUCCACUGUUCACCCACCACAUUACACCCCACCCCACACUACACCCCACACUACACCACACCCCACUCCACUGUCCACCCACCACACUCCACCCCACCGCACGCUACACCCCAGUAGGGGGCGAUGAUUAAAUAUAUAUUUACCGCUGUAUG